GAGCAUAGACAUGGUGAACAAAAAUUAUAGAAUGGCAAGGGUAGUGGGAAGGAAAGAUGAGAAAAUUCUGACAAGGCUGGCAGAUGAAUUCGAACAACUGGCCGCUCAGCUGAAUUCUCCGGUACCAACCAUGGAAAUUGACAAGUUCACUCAAUCCUGUCGUCUCGUUUCUCCUCUCAUUCGACACUUGGGCGUCGCUAUGAAGUUCGCCGACAUCGAGUACUCUGCUAAGGUUAGUGCGGUGUUAAAGGCAGGAAAGUCAGUUAAUACCCUAGAAGAUUUGCUUGACAGUGACAUACAGAAGAAUACUAUUAAGCAGUUUAGUAGUAGCUCGAGAAUGCUCAUCAGAGUGAAGCGCUCGCUUGAGCUGCUUAAGAUAAUAUUCGAGAAAAUUAUGGCCUCAAGCGAAAAUACUCUCAUGGAUCCGGUUAACACAGCAUAUAAACAAGUUUUUUACCCCUACUACGGAUGGGCUAGUAGAAAGACUGUUGCGGGUGCACUGCAAAACCUUCCUACAAAGUCACUGUUCUUCAAAAGGCUAAAAGUAGAUGAGGCAUCGGCUUUUGUUCAGAUGCAAAGGACAGUUACUGCAUUGGAUCCUCUGAUACACUACAUUGACAACUUAUUCCAUUCAAGGGAGUCAGUUCAAGAGCUACUAUGCUUGCUUUGAUUGAUUUCAUUCUUUCGCACUUUAUGCAUUUUUACAAGUCUGCUUUGAUUUCCGUAUUUCAUGUGUAUUGUAUGAUUGAAUAUUAGUGUCACAUCCUGGCCCGGGCUCCCACCACAUUCCGGGCUCGACUCCACCGUAGCACGAUAUUGUCCGUUUUGAGCCCCGACCACGCUCUCACGGAACUCACGUGAGCAGAACUUCCCAAUGGGUCACCCAACUUGGGAAUGCUUCGGCCCAAUUCUCGCUUAACUUCGGAUUUCCGAUGGAACACGAAGUCAGUGAGCUCCCAAAAAGCCUCGUGCUAGGUAGAGAUGAGAAUAUACAUAUAAGACUUACAGGAUCCACUCCCCUAAGCGAUGUGGGAUGUUACAUUAGUGUGAUGAAUCUUAUAAGGAAUCAGAUUGUUAUUUGAUUUGUUGUAAUUAUGAUAUUUUUCUUAUCUUCA